AUGUGCGCCCAGGUACAGGAAUACACAGCGCGUGCAUUUGUAUACAAGCCGCGCGGGCUCUACGUGCUGACAAAAAAAGAGAGUCUUUUUCCUCGAGGUCUUGGCGGGGUAGAUGCGUCGGUCGAGCUGUUCGUGACCCGUCGGUGUUAGGCCCUAUUCUGAAGGAGAUGGUAGGAGCCGGAAGGGAACGCGAGGGUCAUCUAGUCCGACCCCUUGCAAUGCACGACUCGUUUGCCCAACGCGGGGCUCGAACCCACGACCUCGCUGAGAUCAAGAGUCUCCUGCCUGGCCCCUUGGCGCUGCCCUCGGUCGUUCUCGUGGCCCCUGAUGCCACGCUGGCUUGGCAGGCUGCUUGCCUUCAACAAACACAAACACAACAACACCCCCUGGGAAAAGAAAAAGACCAUUCACUUCUUGUAGCAUUUUAUUGUGGAUUUUGCUUCUGGUGGCCGUGGUUGUAGUUGGACCCGUGCGCGAUUCCUCAUAAAUGGGAUGCUGGAAGGAAGUGGAUGUAUGAGUGGGGUAACCAGCUCCUAACAUGCGCUUCAGCUAUUUCUCUCUCUCUUUUUUGAGGAGGGGGAUGUAAUCCACACGCAGCCUGGAUGAACAAAGGUGGCUCCCCUCUCCCCUCCAUCCCUUCCCUGCACAUGCUUACAUGCGAAUUUGAAGCGCUUAAAGCCUAAAAGCAGAAUGGUGUUUGUCCUUAGUGUGGUCUUGCAUAUGUAUGCUGAGAGACCCUGGGAGAAGGAGGGACAGAGAUCAUUUUUUGAGCAUGAGUGCUUUAGCCUUCUGGACAAAUAUUGGGGAUUGCAGGUGAGCUGCUUUCCACUAAGGAGAUUAGCCACUAGAAAUGUAUUAUAAAUAAGGUAAGCUUUUGCCCUAUGGUAUUAUUGCAGUUUUGAUUCUCCAUACAAAUAACCCAUUUAAGGACACUUCAUAGAUCAGAUUAGAUUAUGCCUAAUGUUCUGGGAUUUGUAAAAUAGAACAAAUCUAUAUUGCUCUGAAGUUCUCUGGGAGGACUUCCUUUUGUUUAUUCUUUGCUCCUCUUCCUGUAUCUCAUGUGAUAAAGUGAGAGAUACAUCACUAUAUUCAGAUUGAGAAAUGUGUGGUUUGUGUGGUACUAAAUUUCCAUAUUUAACUGUCCAGACUGCUCUGGCUCAAGAAUACAAAUUGCUUUUUAACUUGUAUUUUUAAAGAGACAAAUGCCUUUAAAGUUCAAAGUAACUCUCUUGUAACUUUCACUGAGGCCUUCUACAUAGUGAGGAGAGCUUACAGAAACAACUUCUGCAAGCAAGGCUUAGUCAAAAUCUUUGGCUCACAGCUACACACCUCAUGAACUUGGUAUUUUCAUGUUCUAACUCCAUUUUGAAGAUAAUACCCUAAGUAGGAAUGGACCUGUCAUGGCUGUAGCUACUUGUACGAGGGGCAAGUUUUAUAUUUGUGUGUGGCCAAAAAGGUCUAGGUAGUUCCUUCAAAAAGAUUUCAACUCCGAAGUUCACUUGAUCUUAAGAAAGAACUGCAUGCAUAUUUGGUGUGUGUGGAUAUUCUUUAGUACAAAUUUACUUGACCACAAUAUGUAUAGUUGGUGAUAAGAGCUGUUCAUCCCAGAUGCACUUUGUUGAACUCAAAAUAUAGUGUGAUGGUACAUAAUUUUCUUCAGUAUUUUCCACCUUCUGAAACCAAAGACCUAUCUUCAAGUAUGGCUUGCAAUAUGUGAAUCACAUCUCAUGUUUGAAGCAUCAAUGUUCCUGCUUUUUAAUACCAUUUAGUGUGGAUGCCAUCACUUCCUCUUUGACCUGCCUCCUCACCACAUAUCGUUCAGGCACAGUUAUCAAGGCAUUUUAAAGUUUAUAAGUUGGUUCUUUAGUAUAUUUUGCUUGUUUUUAGCUGUUUUUCCCAGGUUGUUUGUUGCAUUAUAUGUUCUUUUCUUCGCUUUUAAAAAAAAAUAAAAAUUGGAAGCCUGGCCAUAAUGAACCACAAAACAAUACUCAUUUAUCUGUUACCUAAAUUUGCUCACAUAAGUAAACCUUCCACAAUCCAUAUGGUGGAUUAUGUGUAAUGCUUGCAUAAAUGUUUGCAGGAUGAUGUCUUUCAAGUUGAGUGUAAAAUUUGUUUACAAUUUCUGUAUAGCUUGCUUGCAGAAAGAAGUAAACAUAGAUAUAGGAAGAAGGCUAAGGCCAGUCUGACCAACAGCAUUAUAUUUUCAGCAUUGUUAUUUUAUGUCAUAUCUUUUGUGUACAGUCGCAGAGUCAGUGUAGAAGAAUGGGCUGGUUUUUAAUAAAGUAUAUUGUGCACCUGCAACAGCAUAACUAGAUCAGUGGUCUUUGGUCCCCAGAAGUUAUCUCUGACCAUUGCCUAAGCCCUAAAAUGGCUGGGGAUGGUGGGAGUUGAAAUCCAACAAUGUUUGGGAACCCAGAGUUGAAGAAUACUGACCCAGAUAACAAGGAUCUUGCUACUAGAGAUCUGUUUAAUAUGAAAUUUAUAGCUUUUCAGAGUUGAGAAUUUCUAUUGCUGUGCAAUGAGUUCUAGAAAUGUUUAUAAAAACAGCAGCAAUUUUAACCUAGGGCAUUAUGCUACAUUUGUCUUCAAUGGGAAGAUGUUAGUAAAUUAUGAUUAAUUGCUGUGAAUAUGUUUUGCAUUUAAACUUCACUUGUAUACAGUUGUAUACGAUUUAGAUGAUUCCUUGAUAAAACUCACUACUGUGUUUAUCUUAUCCAGAUUUUUCAAAAUAAUUAUUUAAAAAUAUGAGCCACUGUCUAUCUUUUGAGAUACCUUCAAGUCCUUGAUGUCCUUUCCCACAGCCUGCUUUUAGAGCUUAAUUGGAAAGAAAAAUGCUGGUGAUCUUAAUGUUCAAACGCUUUCUCAAAUGUAUAGCACACACUAUGCAAUGGGACUGAAGGAUUGACAUGAAACUGUGUUUUAUUUAACUCAACAGAUGCAGUUUAUGUUGCUUUUUAGUCGUCAAGGGAAGCUGAGACUUCAGAAAUGGUAUGUCCCAUUAUCUGACAAAGAAAAGAAGAAAAUCACAAGAGAACUUGUUCAAACAGUCUUGGCCCGUAAACCGAAAAUGUGCAGUUUUCUGGAGUGGAGGGACCUGAAGAUUGUCUACAAAAGGUGGUUUUCCAUCCUUACACUUAUAAGUUCUAUCCAACAAAAGAUAUAUUGAAUAGUAGAAAUAAGGAUUUCUUCUCUUAUGUGUGAAAAACAUAUUCAACUUUCCUCAAAUAUAAUUCAAUAGCAUUGUAGGAAUUAUUCGUGUCUGCAGUACUUUUUCUGUGUUGUAAAAAUGAGAUAAUUUUACACUUAAUAAAAAGUUAUGCACUCAGAUUUUUCAUUAAAUGAGGCAUACAUAUUUGAAAACUGUGUUUUAAAGGCUAUUUAAUGUACUUGAAUGUUAAAUGUUACAUCAUUUUAUUUUAUAUAAGCUAGGACUUGAUUUUGCUCAAAUAUAGAAAGGUUGCACAAUUACACUUGUCUUAUUCUUCUCGCCUGUUCAACUGUAAAUUUAAGAGCUAUGGAAUGUUGUACUGUCUGCUUAAUGCUGUGAAGGAAAAUUGUUCUUGCUACCACAGUGAAAUUAUUUCAAUCUUUGUUUCAAUAGGUAAACAGAUCAAGUACUACCUGUGCUUCAGUGCAUUCAUAAAUCUCUCACAGUUGGAAAUGCCCUGCCCUGCAAAACUACUACCACUUUAUUUAUUUAUUUAUUUAUUUAUUUAUUUGUCAAUUUUCUACAGUUGAGAAAAUGCAAUAAAAAAUUAAACACACUGUUAAACUGAUAAUACAAAUGAGGACUUACUGAUCGCACCCCACUGAAACAAGCCACAAUGCCACACUUCAAAUUAAGGGACAAAGAGAAAAGUCUUUGCCUGGCAGAUAAAAACAGAUAAAGGUUGUUCCAGGCAUGCCUCCCUGGAGAGAGCAUUCAACAAGCCAUCAUUGAAAAGGCUUGAUCUUGUGUUGUCACUCUCCAAACCUCCCAUGAAAGAGGCCCACAUAAAAGUACCUAGGAUGAUGAUUGUGUUCUAGAGUAGGGUGGGGAACCUUAGGGGCCCCUCUCUUAGCAAAGUCACUUAAAUAAUGCCGAUGUAGCCAGAAAUAAAAGAAAUCCUGAUAACACUGUGCUGAGGAAAAUGAACAAAAGCAAUGUAUAAAUAGGCACAUGCUGCUUCAGCAAACACCAUUUUACCUUUACUGGUUGCUAAGCAACUCCUCUACCCUUACUGGCUGGUUGACUUAUGGAUAACAAAGGUUACCCUUAAAUUACAAACUGAAUGAUCCCUGCUGUAGCACUUCCAACACCCUCCAGGCCUCUAUCUCCAUUCAGGCCACACCCUUCACUCUGCAUCCGCCUAAAGUGAUUUGCCUGGCUGAAAUGUGUUCUUGAAAUGUGUUAGUGCACCUUCCUUGCCUGGGUGGAGGAUAAAAGGUGUGUGUGUAUUUAGAAACCUCUGGCUUUUAUUUGGCAGAAUAUAGCUUACUGUACAAAAUUAAGUAUCUCAUUCUACACCCCACUCACUACUGGUAUGUGGCCCUUGAGAUGGAAAAGAUUGCUGGGGGUAGCGCUUCCACAGCCAUCUUGAAAGUUUGUUUUCAUAAAAACGAUAACUGCUAUUCUAAUCUUUCCUAUAGCUAUUGAUUGAAUAACUGUUGAUAACACACUCAAAUAUGAAACUUGUCCACAAACUGGCAACUACAAUGAGGUACUUGGAAAAAGCCAUAAUACAGCUAUUUUCAAGCCAGUUUGUAAAGUUUGUGAAUUCAGGUUAAUUUUGAAAGUUAAUGCAUUACUCUGAGGAAGUUGGCACUGUUAAUUUCUGUGAAAUAUGUAAUGGGUAUGUAUAAUUCUUAAAACAAUAAUCUGGCAGUGUUUCAUAAUUAGAGUAACCUGUUUCUUUCAGAUAUGCAAGUCUCUACUUUUGCUGUGCCAUUGAAGAUCAGGAUAAUGAGCUAAUAACCCUGGAAAUAAUUCAUCGUUAUGUGGAAUUGCUUGAUAAAUACUUUGGAAGUGUAAGUUAUUAAUUAGUUUUUCUACUCUCUGUAGGUGACAUCCAAUGAUGUCUGCCUGCUUGGGCAGUGGAAAUCCACUUGUGUAAUGGGACUUGGGUUUCUCUUCUCACCAUUUUCUCCCUGCUGCCACACAUUCCCAAAAUCUGCUCCAGAAUUUCUUCCCAACCUCCAGAACAAAUUUGGGGGAUACAUGGGGGGAGAAGAGAAAGCAGAAGCCUCACUGACUAAGUAGAUACUCACUCAAGCUCCAUUGGGUCUCAUCCUAUAUUAUAAAUUUCUGUAAUGAAGUUUUUUAUUUAUGUAAUACACAAAUUAAGAUGACUUAUUUUUCCUGAAGAAAAUACAAAAAUGUUUUAAUACACAUAAGAAAUAACACCCAGUGCUGUCUGUACAUGAGUGGAACAGAUUUCUGAAGAGGGCCUUCUCUUCCUCUCCUCUCCCUGCAGCCCUCAAAAUUUACUCAUGAGGUUUGCCAGAUCUAGAUUAACAAUAGAUUUGCCCUGGGAGCGGGGCGGGCAUGUUGCAGGGAGAAGGAAAAGAAGAGGAAGCUUCACUGUGGAAGUUUGCUUAUGUGACAUUAGUUUUCACCCUCACAGUGCUUUUGGGGAAUUUUAAUAGUAUUCUGCACUCUGAAAAGUGCUGUAAAAGAAUAAUAAAUUUGGUGUUUUGAUUUUAUAUUACAGCAUGUAUGCAUUAUUACUGUGAAUGAGAAUAAAAAAGUUAUCUAUUGCAUUACAUUAUAUAGGUCUGUUUCCUUACUGGGAACUGUUAAUGAAGUCUGAAAGUUAAGAAUUUGUCAGAUAUUGCAUGUCAAAUACCAAUACUGUAUGUAACAACCAAGAAACUAGUAUUUCUUCCGUCAGCAACUUCACUGAAUCUUCUUUGAAGAUAUUCAGUAGUGUGCUGCUGCUGUUACAAAUACUAUUACAUAAUUCAGAGAACUAUGUGGUAUAUAUGUGAGGCCUGGUUGAUGAGCUCAAAUGAUACACUUAUUUAAAUGCCUAUUCCUUAUAUUUUAAUGUUACUAUUUAAAUCAAUAAUAAUAUUUUCUCAAAAGUUUGUUCCUUACCAAAUCCGUGACAUGGCCUUUAGUGAUCACACAGAAGAUCAUGACAAUGUGUGUUUCUUUAAAAACUACAGGAUCUUAACUUGGCAGUUUAAAGAAGGGAUUAAAUCUCAACAUGUUUUUUCCUAUGUUUUCUAGGUAUGUGAACUUGAUAUCAUCUUCAAUUUUGAGAAGGCUUAUUUUAUUUUGGAUGAAUUUCUUUUGGGAGGGGAAGUACAGGAGACCUCAAAGAAAAAUGUUCUUAAAGCCAUUGAACAAGCAGAUCUAUUACAAGAGGUAAGAAAAUUGUUUUUUUGCCAAAGCUCCACCAGCAUGCUUUACUCUUUUCUAGGAAAAGCAUCUUAUUUCUCCAGAAGUUGUUGAAAAAGCUUUUCAGCAUGUCUAGCAUGUAGCUUCUCCUUAAUAUUCUUCUGUACAAUAUUGCUUUACCCACUUCUUAUUCUGUUAGCUAGCAUCACUAUAUUCAGUAUAUAACCUAUAAAGAACAGUAAUACUGCUUUAUUUUUUUAAGGUUUCCUUUCAUAAUGUGUUUGGUGUUGUAUGUGUUGCUAGACAUGCAGCUACUGUCUCCAUGUGUGUGUCUUCUUGUCUAGGCAUUUCUGUUGUUUUUAUUCAAUUUAUAUCCGUUUCUUUUUAUUCAAUUAACUGAAUGAUUAUAACUAAUUUUUGUCAUACCUGAUGCAUGUAUGCCUCUUUCAUUGCUGAAAUCCAGAAGCUAGACUCUCUUCUUUGAAACGCUAAGGUAUAGUUAACAUUAAGUGUUUUAAAAACAAGUAACAGUGCCAUAGCUAACUUAAGUAGAUGUACACUGUGCAUUUAGAAAAUAGUUAUAACACUAGUCUUAGAACCGUAGCAAAUAAAGUAGACUUUUGGGUUGAAACUUUGCACCUCAGCUGCUAACAAAAUGCAUUUCCUGUAUUACAUCCUGUUUUUACUUCCUGAGAGAAGCCCGAAGAGACUAAUAGAAAACAACUCAAUUAACACAACAUCAGAAUAAUCAAUAUAACACAGCAUAGCAUAUAUCAAAAUAUGUAAUAUGUUAAAGCCAUAAAUCUUUGAAAUACGUAAGAAUUAACUCAGUAGUAAGGGUCCUGCUUCUGGCCUUGUUGUUCCCACCCCAUUUCCCUUUACCUAGCCUCAUUGGUAUACAGAUAGCAGCUGCAUAAAUAUUAGUGAACUCUGUUGCCUUUAGUGCACUGAUUUAGAAUUAGAGUUUCAACACAGUAGUUGGAACAACUCAUUUUUUGUUAGGCUACAUAAAAUUCCUAAAUCUUGAGGUGAUAACAUAGAACUGGCACUACAGAUGUUUUGAAUGUUGGUUCAGAGCCAUGUUAUAAAUACAGCAAGUCUGUUUCUACAUAAAGGAACAUGGAUUUAGCCUGUGUGCUUGUACAGUUAUGCAGAUGUGAACUUUUGUGGCUUUGUAUUGCAAACAUGGGUGGUGUUUUGAGAUGUGUAUUUGCUUUGCUUUGAUAUGUGUUUUGUUGAAGUCCCAUCUUUCAGUCCUCCUGUAUCCACUCAUUAGUGAGACUUUUAAAAUAAUAAACCAUAAAUUUAUGCUGGUAAUUAAGUGGCCAUCCCAUCCAAAUAUAUAUUAACUUCUUGGGUUUUGCCACUUCAGAAUAUAUACACUGGGACUACUUGUUUAAAAGCAUUCUUCAUUAAAAAUUCACUGCCUUUAAAAUGCUGGUAUACUGAGGAGAAGGCUCAACUGAGUAGAAGUUUUCAUACGGAUGUUGACAGUGUAGUGAUUCUGAAUUCCCACAAAUACUCUGGCUUGUUCAUAUUAUAUAAGAAGCUUUAGAAAAAGUUGCAGAAGGAGCAGGUGGCAAAUAGAAUACUGUGAUUAAUACAACAGCCAUCAAGACUGUUGUGAUUGCAUACAGUGUCUUUCAGUAUAUAUUUUUCCAUUUUCUUAAAAUGUGAGAUUCUUUAUUCCUUACAUGAGGUGUAACCUGCUCAUGCUUGUUUAAAGUGCAUGUGUGCAGUGCAUGUCUGCAAAGUUGGCCAUAGGGGCAACAGUCUGCAUUACUGAAGUGCCUAUGAGCCGAGGUGUUGGAUGCAGCAAGUCAAGCUUGUGCAAAUAGGGAUAGUAGGACAGAUGGCAGAGGAAGGCAGAAAAAGGCAAUGAGUAGAUGGGUGGGCUUUGGUCACUAAACCUCCAAACUUAAUCCUUACCUGGGGGUAAGCCCUGCUGAAUUAUGUAGGAUUUACUCCUGCAUAUACAUGGUUAGGCUUGCAACCUCAAACACAGCUGAGAAUGAUUUUUCUCUUUUAACCUAUCCACAGGAAGAAAAUGUGAUAUUGGAAAUUAGGGAGGAAGGAAUAUGAAUUAAAGGGGUGGAGGAAGAAAUUUUUUUUACAGCUGCAACACUAUGCACACUUUUGGGAGCAAGUCUUGCAUAGUGUUGUUUGUGAGUAAACACACAAAGGACAAGGCUGCAGAGAGAUCUGUUUGCUAUAGUUGUAUGAUCUUACUUCAUGGUUACUGUUGGUUUAGUUUGCUUUGAUCUUAAUAGUGCACAGUGCCUUGUAGGCUGAUAGGAAAUUAACAGGUUUGUUUCAUAAAUAUGAUUUUACAGAGGUUGGAGUGGAAGGAAGUUGAAGGGAGGAGGAUUUCCCUCCCCUAACAGAUUUUUAAGUAUUAUAAAACAGAGGAAAUGAGAACAGAAAGAUUAGACAGGUGACAGCCGCUCGUACACACAUAGCUAUACAUACUGCAUGGGGUUCUGGGGAGAGAGUUGAGGGCUGCUGCCAGGAAGAAAGGCAAGCAGAAAAGUGGACCCCAUAAGAAGAAGAAGAGUUUGGAUUUGAUAUCCUGCUUUAUCACUACCCGAAGGACACUCAAAGCGGCUAACAUUCUCCUUUCCCUUCCUCUCCCACAACAAACACUCUGUGAGGUGAGUGGGGCUGAGAGACUUCAGAGAAGUGUGACUAGCCCAAGGUCACCCAGCAGCUGCAUGUGGAGGAGCGGGGAAUCGAACCUGGUUCACCAGAUUAUGAGUCCACCACUCUUAACCACUACACCACACUGGCUCACUGAAGGGUCUGGCAGGGCAGCUCUCAAAGCGCUCUGGGGCUACAAGUCAGACAUAGCAAUGCCUCUGUGGCCAGGGUAAAAGAGAAAGAAAAAGGGCGUCAGGGGUUUGUGUACCUCUUCUUCCUCCUCUUGGUAAUGUAUUUUUGUUGAGUCUAUCCACUCUGUGAACUACUGCAUGCCAUGGUCCCCUCUAAGGAUUCUUCAAAGUGCUGGCUAUAUGUUAAAGAAAAAGUAAUGAUACAAAGACAAACCAUGUGGCAAAUGUCAUGUCUAGUUUGGCUCUAUUAUCUGGCUGGCAUUACAGUCCAGAAUUUAUCUGGCUCCAUAGUACUAGUACAAAAUAUUGGCAUACUCUGUUCACAUAAUUUUAUGGUGGAUUCGUUUAUUAACAGAAUUUUGGCUGUCCUUGCUAUGCAAGCCAAAAAUAGUGGUUGCCAGGACUUUUCUUAGCCAUGUGCUCCAGUGACUCGCUAUGCUUCCCCUGCAGGACAGGAUUGUGGGUAAUUCACUGGUUUGACUACUCCAAGUCAAGUUGCUAUUGGGCUUGAAGCAACCAAGAAGGUUUUCCCAGCAGGAAAGUAUGGUGAGAAGCUUGGUGAACUAUGGCCCCCAGGGUAUCUGUCAUAGUGGUAAAACACCCCCCCCCCCCAGCUUUGAGAAAGGACGGGAUCAUUACACAGCUGCUAGAGUAAUUUGCAGCUAGCUCUAUAGCUCCCAAGUUUGGGAGCAAGAUUGGCCAUUUGUUUUGCUUGCCAGAGUGCAGUGGCACACUAGCUGUUGUGAACAAAAUUUUGCACGUCUGUUUUACAGAGUAAUUCUAACCUACCUUUCGAUUAAAAGUGUCUGAGGUGGCUAAUGAACCAUAGUAAAAACAAUAUAAAAUGCAGUUCCUUUUGGAAUCUCUUCAAGAAAAAAAGUCCAAUAUUAAAUUGCAGAACAAAAUCAUUGAUUUCUCUUCCAUACAAAUCCCCUUUAAAAUCAUAGUUUUGCCAGAACAAAUCUUGUUUAAGAAAUUGCAAGGGAGGUACAGCUGCCCAGCGGAAGUUGUUGAAUGUGUGACAUCUAAAUGUUAAAAGGAAAUAAAAUAAUAUUUUCCCCUUAUCAGUUUUACUCUUUCCCAUCAUCAUUUAAUUCACAUAGACUUUCAGGGUUUGUAUAAUUGAUAGUUUAUCUUUUCAAUAGUGUGUUAGUUAUGUACUUUAUCUUUUCAGAAUUUGUUACUGCAGUGCCUGUGUUAGACUUUGUGUUUACAUAAAGUUACAAAAACUAAACAUUUUAAAAUUUUGUGGAAUUUUGUGUUUCCUUUACAUUGGUUAGUGUCUUUUUGGAAGUUAACCUAUUUGUAAUGGGUGAUGUGUGUGUCAUUCCGUUCCUUCGCUUUGGUUGGAAUCAGUGCUGCCUUAUAUGUAUGUAACAAUCUGUUUGAUAAAACAAAUGUAAACAUAAUAAGUAGCUUUUCACUUGGGACUCUCUGUACAAAAGCUAGACAAGGAAGAGUCAUUGUAGCUAAUACCAUAAUACUUCCUUCAUACCCUAACACUUGAAGGAUUUUUAAAAAUCAGUUUGACAAGCUGAAGCACAAGGACAAAAGAAGGACAAUCAGUCCAUCCAGGACAGAUUGCAAAUGCUCUUAUUCAAUUGUGUAUGUUAGAAUUACUUCAUUAUCAAGCACAUGGGGAGGGUUACAUUAGUAGUACAUUUCCAUUAUUUUUGGAAAUUAAGUACUCUGUUCACUAGAACUGUGAUUUGUUAAAUUAGUGCACCAUUGCUUCAAAGUUCUUCAUUUCAUGUUCUGUGAGUGGACAGUGAGCAUGUUCACUUGCAGAUAACAAAAAAGAUCUCACAAGAAUGCAUCUACUACUUAAGCUUAAGUUCUGGUGAAAGAAAUACUUAAGUCAUUGCAGAACUGAGCUCCUUGCAACCCAUUUAAAUCACCUUGGAUGUGGCACAAGAAGAAAAUAUUUUAAGACCAAGAGAUGCCUAAUCCAGAACAAAGUGGGAACUUGAGAACAAAGAUAAUCAGAGCUGAAAAGCCAUGGGAGGCAGUGUGAUAUGGAGUGGGGGGAAAUGGGAAGAAAUGCUUCAUUCUUCAAUUGCAAGAUGCUUUCCCUCAACCACACUUCAUAUGCUUGUCUCCCCAAGAUUUGCAGACACAUUUAUUAUGGCGAAAAGCAGUGAGCAAUAGAUGUGUUAAGCCCCACAUUCCCUGUUAUGGCCCAGGUACUGGUAGUGACUCAGAUCUGUGCCAGCUGCCAAACAUUGGUUCAGCUCCUAAAUACAAGGCAGGCAAGAUUCCUGCAGUGAUAACUUUUUUUUGUUCAGAGUAUUUCUAUAUGAUUUCAAACUUGCAGUUAGCUUGCUGAAGAUAUGGAGAGAACUUGGGACAGUGUUUACAUCUAAAGUGUUCUCCAUGUUACAUACUUGGCCUGACUUACAGGUAUGGCAGCAGUCCUUUAACUAUGUCUAGAGCUGCCAGAGGAAUGUAAGGCUUUAAAGUUUACAUGGGAGGACGAAAAUCACAUGGAGAAGUGAGGGGAUGCCAUGGUUAAAAAAUGAAUUGUGUACUGUGUGCCUAUAUGCACAUAAUCAUUCUGUCCCUUCUACAUGAUUUCUAACUUCUUGUAAUAUUGGCGUGACAUAGGGAAAUAACAAAUACAUUGCAUAUCUAAUGUAGUUAUUGGGUUUUUGUAAUACUUAGCACUGAAAGAAUCAGUACCUAUGCUUUGCCUCUGAGAGAUGUGUGUUUCUGAACUGCUUGCAUAAGUUAUGAAGCAAGCACUUUUCUGUGUGGUAAAGCUGUUUAAUCUCCCUUACAGAGCUUGUGCUUUGAAUUAGAUAACAGUCAUCACCCUAUUUGAAUGUUUGGUACUUUGACCUCAGCACAGAAAGUAGUCUUUAAAGUAUUCGGUAGAGGCAGGAAUAUUGAAUGAGAACUCUGUCUUGUUCUCUAUUGUCUCUUCAGCUAUGUCUUACAUCGUAGUCCUUUGUAGCAUGAGGGAAUUAAUAUAUCUUACAUAGUACUAAAUAGUUUGGGAAUGGCAUAACUCCACUAUUGAAAAUUAAAUGCUAACUUUAAGAAAGGCUUAACUUCAGCUUUUUAGGUUUUAUGUUGUACUCUUCAGAAGAAAACUUCAAAGAGGCUAGCAUUCUCUGAGAUACGGUCUUUUAAAAACCCAUUAAAAAUAAAUCCAAUAGUCCAGUUAUAUCUUGCUAAGAGUUUUCAAAGCUGUUAGUAAGGAUGAGAUCUGAAUUAAUGUGAUCUAUUUGGGGACCAAAUCAGACAUGGUGGGAACUAUAAUUUAUGUGUCUACCGCACUGUCAUAUAAAGUUGAGGGUCCUUAACAGUAAAUGGCGUCCAUGGGAGACUGACUGACUAACUGACUUUCUCAUGUACCUCACCUCCCUGUAUUCAGUUGCUUCAGACACUUCCCUGUUUCUAGCUCCAGUACCAGAAGUGGAUCAUUAAUGGAAAAAAAUGGUUGGCAAAAUGAACUGAGAGGAAAUAAGGCACAGGAGGAGGGUAAGGGUGCAGUGUUCUUGCUGCAAGACCUGAGUCCCAUCCCCAUUUUAUAUGGGAAUGGAGCUGACAAGUAGGAAGUAUCUUCUACUGUCAAAUAUAGCUUGACUCUUAACAAAUGCUCUCAUUGUGUUCAGAAUAACUUCCCCAACCUGAAGCUUGAUUAGCUGUUGAAAAAGAAACAUCUUGUUGUGUUGAGUUCUCAUGUUUUUUAUGUGGAGUUCAUUGGAGUUGUUGUCUUUGUCACAUUUUCAUUAGCUUUGUCCUUGAUAACACUGACUUUUUAAGCAAUGCAAAGAAGCCGUUUACCUGAGAGCCUUAGCGGUCCUCAUAUGUCCAAGUGUGUGUAAUAGUGGAUAUUUUUUCAGAUAGUUCUGCUACAUUUUUUUAAAAAAUGUUUAAACUUCAGACUUGCCAAAUUUUCAAUUGUGCUUGAUUUUGUUUGUAGAGCCAGAAUGAAGACUGGGGAGGUUUGUCUGAGGAUAUCUUAUGA